AUGAAAAAUGCCGCGCUUCGUUCCGCGUUGCAGCAAUGUGGAAUAUCUGCGGUUGAAUCUAUCGGUGACGGUUAUCUCUGCGUCUCUGGUCUACCAGUUCGCAAUGGUCAUCUACAAAUCAAGCAAAUUGUGGAUAUGUCCCUUGCUUUUAUGGACUACGUGAGACAAUUUGAAAUUUCGCCCUCUUCCAAGGGAGAGGGUGGAACUGCGCAUAGGUGCGGUUGCGUAGCAGGUGUGGUAGGGCUCAGUAUGCCUCGUUAUUGUCUCUUCGGUGACACCGUGAACACUGCCUCAAGAAUGGAGAGCAAUGGAAAAGCUAGUCAUAUCCAUCUUUCACUCACUCUCCUCAUGGAGACACUUCCUUCAGACUACAAAACCGAGCGUAGAGGCGAAGUGAUUAUAAAGGUGAGGCUGUUAGCAAAUCUCACUAAUAGGGAGGGCGGCCUAAUCAAAUUCCGCAACCAAUUAGCUAGCUCUGUGUCGAAAGCCUGA